AUGAGUGAUAUUCCUGAAAAUAACGACACUGCUACUCCAGAUGUCAAGCCGGACGUCAAGGCCGACGUCAAGACUGAGACUCAUUUGAACUUGAAAGUCUCCGACGGCUCUUCUGAAAUCUUCUUCAAGAUUAAACGUACAACUCCUUUGAGAAGGCUGAUGGAAGCCUUUGCUAAGAGACAAGGCAAAGAAAUGGAUUCUCUGCGUUUCUUGUAUGAUGGUAUUAGAAUUCAAGCCGACCAAACCCCAGACGAUCUGGAUAUGGAAGACAACGACAUCAUCGAGGCCCAUAGAGAACAGAUCGGUGGUUCGAACUGA